ACUAAGUGUCGCUAUAGCAACAGCAGAGUGGACACAUUCAUUCGUAAGAAAACAGAAAUUUGCUCUUCCUUAUACCCUUGGAAAUUGGUAAAAAAAACUACGCGAGUUUUCGUCUGAACGACUACACAUCCCCAGGAUCUAUAUAGUUUUACAUGAAGGAGGCAUAAGCUGAAGAUGAGUAAACUGGACGCCAUCACACUCGGAGUCCAUCGAGAUUCGUUGUUGAACAACCCACUUCUACAAAAGACUGAGUUGGGUCGCCCAUUAAGAAGGUGUUUUACACUUCCACCCGAUGGUUUUACAUACGGCAAACCAAACGGAAACAAAGAUAGCGGUGCUGCUGAUGCUCUUGUUUGGAGAUCAGCACCACCCCAGCAAUUUAGUCACAAAGAGAAGAAAAAGCCAAGAGAUUUCCAAAGUCUGAAUAAGUCGGCAGUACAGGUUGGAUUAACAACAGCCCAGGAACAUUUCCAGUACAGAGCUACUCAUGAUGUCAGACGAAAAGACUCUGGCAAUGAGAGGACAACACAGAAGAUCAAAAGAUUACCACCUACAAUGGUCUUUGGGGUCCCUACAAAACCUUCAACACCUGUAUAUGAUUUACUGGGGCAUAAAUACCAGGACAGAUGGCUAGAAGAGCGACGUAAAGCUGAAGAUGGUAUGAGAGCUAGGCAAAAACAAAAGAGACAUGUUGACAAGAACAUUUAUGAGACGCGUGCAUCACUACUACGCAAGUACCAGCCGCCCGUUGACCCGCCCCCACUUUGGCACAUGGCAAAAUUCAACAAGAUUCCUCCAGUGACAGUAACAUUCAGAUCUGAGAAAGCCAAAUCUGCAGCCUUCGACCAUCACGCAACAGACAGCACAUCUCGCAAAGGUGUCUUUGGGCACGGAAUUUAUGAGCCUGCAAAGAGCUAAUUCCCCCAUCUUCUCAAACAUUUUUAACCAGGGCGCUUAUGUUUCUAACAAAAAUGCUGUUAUUUCAAGCAGAACUAUUUUUAAAACUCAAUAAAAAAUAUUAAAAUCACUGCUAAUAUUUUAAUGAACAAUACAACCUCAGACAUUGGUUUUGUCUUCUCAGUAAUUUAUUUUUCCAAAAAUUACUUGUGAUUAAAAUUGUUCUUAACUUUUCAGGGAUUUUGCCAAUAAAGAAAAUAAUAUAUAGAGUGAUGCAUGUAAAGGGAUGUAGUUUUUACAAAUAUAACAGGUGCUUCUGAUAACGUUUUAGUGUUCACCUUUGCAAUGAAAACAAAUUUAGUGUAAAUAAAUGUUUUCAAACACAAAA